UGAUGAAUAUCUUCCCUCCGAUAACAAAAAUUAUUAUCCGAAGAAGAAAAAAAGAGAAAAAAAAUUAAAAAAGCCAUUUAUUAUGUAAUUAUCAUAAUUAUUUCAACAUCCCAUUUCGUCAUCGGAUAAAAAAAAUGGCACGUUCAAAAGUUCUGGACACGGAAUGGAUGGACGGAGGCCUAGCAAUCACAACUGGGUUGCUGGACGUGAUGUCUAGAAUACUGGCAAGGGAGAGAAACAAGAAAGACGCAGAUUGCAGAAGAAGAGUUGAGGAAGCAGAAAACCGGAUGGAGGGGCACCCGAUCUCAGCGAUGGUGUGGGCCGCAGAGAGAGAAAGACGGAUAGCGGAAUGGGACAGUCUGCAGGAGGAGAAACAGAAGAGAUGGACGGAGAUACUGAAGGAGAAGGGGAUAGAAACAAACGAUAAAAUGACAAGAGAGUCAUUCCAAAAGUUGCAGCCAAGCUACACCCAUCACCAGAUGAUAGAGCUGCGGCACCCUUUCGACCUGUCCGCUUCACACGCGCAUUCUGCGUCGGGUAUGCUGCACUACGCAAGACUCUACUACGAAGACAUCCUCACUACAAGGCGCCCGCAAGACUCCGUAAACACAUAUCUCUCCACCAUAUCCGACAUGUGGACAGACACGUCAGUCAAGUUGAAGUCCACGGCGAGGCUAGACCUGGACCAACCAAUUACCGUGGAGGAGACGAAGCAAACUCUGCAAUCAAUGGCAAGAGGUAAGUCGCCUGGCGUGGACGGCCUGACGUUCGAAAUCUACGUCAAGAACUGGGGGGUGCUUGCCCCCCCGUCUGUCGAGGUGUACAACGAAAUCCUGACGGGAGGUCGCUUGGGGAAGGGGAUGACCCAUGGGGUGAUCUCGGUCCUGUUCAAGAAGGGGGACAAAGCGGAGGGCCGUUCGAUAUUCAACAAUAUCGUAACGGCCAUUGAGACGUUAGAAAUAGUACAAAAGGAGGAGCUCGACAUUGCAGUCCUUCUCCUGGACCUGGAGAAGGCGUACGACAAAGUGGGCUGGCCUUUCGUGCUUACAACCCUGCGUCACAUGGGCUUUGGUGAGGGUUUCUGCGCCUGGGUGAUCGCAAUGUAUGCAAAUUCCACAUCAGCGGUAAUGAUCAAUGGACACAUUUCGGAGACAUUCUCCAUCUCAAGGUCGCUGAGACAGGGCUGCCCGCUGGCCCCCCUUAUCUUCGUGUUGCAGUUGGAAGUGCUGUUGAACAGAAUUCGCAGACACCCGGACAUUAGAGGUCAGCAACUACACACCGGGGAGCAAUGCAAGGCGAAGGCAUUGGCGGAUGACCUCUUUGCAGUCAGCGUCAACACUCAUACCUCUCUGUCGGCUCUCAAGUCUGCCAUGAGCGAGUGCACAUCUCUGUCGGAAGCCACAGUGAAUUGGAGCAAGUCAACAUUCUUGCUCCCAUCUCAGUUCACACUGGUGGUGGAAUGGGGAAUGAGACGGGUGGAGAGGGGAGAAGAGGAGAGAUUCUUGGGAGUCCUGAUCAGCAUGCAGGUUGAAGCCUCGACACAAGGCAUGCAGUUACAGCAACGAAUAACCACAAGGCUCAGAAUCUGGGGUACCGUCUGGCACUUGUCACUGGUGGGCAGGGCGCUGGUAACCAACGCAGCACUGUUGUCUAUCCUAUGGUUCGUAACAAUGGUAAGGGAGCUGGCGGGGGGGGGUGAUCAAGGCAAUUAAAAGAUUGGUCUCUUGGUUCAUCUGGAAGCCAAGAGCACAAGGCACCGAUGGAUUCAUAUCCAAAGCGGCGCUGGACACGAUC